AUUUAUUCACAACACAAUAUGUGGUUUAUGUAUAUAUGUGUGAAAUCUUCCUUCUUUUUGAAGAGUUGAUUAUUAAAAUCAUCUACUUUCAAUAUUCCUGAGGGAAAGUGAUGAGAAAUUGACUACAGUCCAUAUGUUUAAAAAAUAUCAGUAGUUCAGUAAAAACACAAAGACAAAGGAUGACGAAUCUACCCUACAUUCUGAUUUCUCUUUUUGUCCAUAUAAAACCCGCAUACUUGUUACUAACUGCUCAAUUUACCAUACUAGAAGAACUACCAAUAAAGACUAUCAUCGGUAAUUUAGCAUCGAAACUGCCAGCUACACUUCAAUUGGAUAAGCAACAACUUCGUUUCCGUAUUAUCACCAGUGAAUAUUCAAGAUAUUUUUCUGUUAAUGUAACAACUGGUCUAAUACAAAUAAAUCAACGAUUAGAUCAUGAGAAUAUUUGCCCAAAAACAUUAUUUCAUACCAAUUCUAAUAUUCAUGAUGCUGUCACAAAUUUCGAUUCUCUAUGUCAAAUCACAUUGAAUGUCAAUAUUUUACGAGUUAUGAAUUCCGGUGUCGAUAUAGUUGAAGUAAUACAUUUGAUUAUUACAAUUAAAGAUAUAGAUGAUAAUGUUUGUGAAUUUCUACCAGCGAAUAAACAAGAAAUUUAUGUGAUGGAGGGUUUAUUAGACCAAAGAAACAUGAUAAAAGUACCUAUUAAUCAAUUGGUAGAUUUAGAUUUAGGACCUGGAAAUGGAAUCCAUCGAUCUAGUAUUAAAUUGAAACUUGAUCAGAAGUCUAAUGUUUCUUUAAAUGAAAUUUUUGAUUUGAUGAUAACAAAUACUAGUUCGAAGGUUUCUCCGUACGCCCUCUCUCUACUGAUUAAACAAUCGCUAGAUUACGAAAGCAUUCAAGAAUUCAGUAUGACUAUUGUCGCCAGUAGUUCAACGGAGAAGCCAAAAUCAACAAUUACGACUGGUGACUUUAUCGAUUAUCCUGAAGAUUUAAACGCAGAAAAAAAUAAAUGUUUCUUAAAUGUUAUUGUACACGUUAUCGAUGUGAAUGAUCACCCACCGACAUUUCUUCAAAAAAAUGUACAUCUGUCUAUUUUGGAGAAUACUGAAACAAAUAAGCCAAUAUAUACACCAGAAGCACGCGAUUUAGAUGCAGGUCCAAUACACAGCCAACUAAUAUUUGAAUUAAGCUUUAGAAAUUCACCUUAUAUCACUUCACACUUUUAUAUAAAUCCUCAAAACGGUUCGUUAUUUUUAAAACAACCAUUAGAUUAUAAAGAAAGGCCAAAAUUGAACGUUUUAAUCACGGUGAGAAAUCCAAGAACUGAAGAGAUUGAUAAUAAAACUGUGAAUAAUAAUUUAACUCAUGAAGUAUUUGACAGACACUACUAUUAUAAGUCACUAGUAAGUAAUAUGGACUCCAGUAUGAUAGACAAUCUACUGUAUGAUACAAUGGAAUUGUUCAUACAAGUUAUUGAUGUAAAUAAUCAUAAACCUGUCAUUUCUGCAUAUACGCCGAAUGGUAGUCAUGAAUUGAUAAUACAAGAACAUUUACCAGCUUCAAUAUUCCCAGUCGAUUUUGCUUUGGUCAGUGUUACUGAUGAUGAUAGUGGACGUAAUGGCCAGGCUAAAUGUGAACUAGACAGAAAUUCAUCCGAUUUUUUUAAAUUAACAUUAAUUGGCUAUGAGUCCAGUGGUGAUAAACUGGUGGCUGAUAACUAUGAAAGGGAUCAGUUAUCUGACUUACAAACUAACGAUUUAACUAUAUAUAAGAUGUCAGCAGUUGUCUCAUUUGAUCGUGAAAAAAAUGCUACAGUGUAUGCAACGAUCAGAUGUACUGAUCUAGGAAGCAAUCCAUUGACUACAGAAUAUGUAGCACAAAUACAUAUAGCAGAUAUUAAUGAUAAUGAACCGAGCUUUCCACAAACUAAUGAAUACAUAAAAGUAAUGGAAGACAGUGAUCCUUUAAGGGCUGAGAUCAAUUAUUACGUCAUGCAAGUGAGUGCAACUGAUGCAGACAGUGGUAAAAAUGCAGAAAUCACUUAUUAUAUUGAAGAAGAGUCUGUUCAAAAUGUUAUACAAAUUAAUGAAACUAAUGGUAUAAUACAAACAACUGGUCAAUUAGACAGAGAAAUGAAUGCUUCAUUAAGUUUUACUGUUAUUGCUAAAGAUUUAGGUGAAAUGAGUAAAUCAAGUUCAGUAUACAUUCAUAUUACUGUACAAGAUUAUAAUGAUGAAUAUCCUGAAUUUGACAAGAAACUAUAUGAAUUUUCUAUCAAUGAAAAUCCUGUACAAGGUUAUUAUAUUGAUACUAUUAUUGUAACAGAUAAAGAUAUUGAUAUGAAUAGUCAAUUAACAUUUUAUCUUACUUAUGAAAAAGAUGACAAUAUAAAUUAUUUAAACAAUGAUUAUUUCUAUUAUUCUAAUUACAAUGAAUUACGAUUUUCAUCAUUGAAAAAGAUUAUACCAUUUAAAAUUACAUCAAAACGUUUAAAUAAUCAACAUAAAUAUGAAUUAAAUUUAUUUACUAAUGGUAAAAUAGAUCGUGAAGAAUUGAUAAGAUUAAAUCAACGUAAAUUAAAAACAAUAGACAAUGAAUAUAUGAAUAUUGAAAAUAAUGAUAGAAACUAUCAUAAUAAUAAUAAUAACACAUAUAAUGAAUUAUCACGUUAUAAACUGAUGUUAACAGCAGAAGACUCUGGAAUACCUAAACGAAUCUCUACUGUACUUAUUUAUAUUGAUGUGAUAGAUGUAAAUGACGAGGCACCGAUUUUCAUCAAUCCAAUUCAAGAUGAUAUAAUUUACACAAUUUCAGUUAAUGAAAUGCCAGGUUAUCAAAUUCUAAAGUUUAAAGCCAAUGAUCCAGAUGAAGGCUUAAAUUCUGAAAUCAAAUACUCUUUAAUUGAAUCAAUUCAAGAGAAUCCAGACACUGGAAAUAGAAGUUCGUCAACUUGUAAAAAUUUAAAUCGUAAAUCAAUAAUGGACCAAAAUCAAUCAUGUAAUCUAUUAGAAUAUCUUUAUUUAAAUCAAACUACUGGUAGUUUAUUUCUAUCAAAGCAAUUACCAAAUCAUUUGUCAAAUGUAACAUGUCGUCUGUGUGUUGUAGCUUCAGAUAUGGGCAUUUCGUCAUUACAUUCAACACGUUACUUUUGUUUACAUUUAAUGGAUAACAUUGAAUCAUCACAGUUGGAAUGGAUAUCAUCACAGACAAAUAAUAAUAAAUAUUCACUGAUUUACAUAUAUACUAUCACAGGAGCAAUUGGUAUAAGUUUAAUUCUAUCCAUUGUAUUUUUGUGUAUAGCAUGUACUGUAUGGAAGUAUCCCAAGUUGAAAUUGAAAUCGAAUAUUAUAAAAGAAACAAUGUCUUCUAAUGAUAAUCAAACAUCGAGAAUUCACUGUGUAGCUGAAAAAUUAACUAAUAAAGAGAAAUACAAUACCAUCAUAUGUACAGAAAAUGAAUGGGCUAACAUGGGCUUCAGUCAAAUAACAACUAACCAAUCAUUGUAUUUCGACAGAAAUGACUAUAAUCAAUAUCUAGUUGAAAACCAAUACCCGCGCAAUUCCUUGCACGAAAUAGUCUUUGAAUCACUUCAAACUAAUGAUAAUUAUUAUAAUAACAAUCCAUCGAAAAAACUACCUAGUGAACAGAAUAUUUAUUUAAAUCCUAAUUAUACCUUAACUUAUUCAUCAUUACCUCAAGAAUAAAAAGUUUAUUACGUGAUUCAGCAUAGAAAUAGCAAUAAACAUUGCAUAACCAUACAGGAGAAACGACAGUAUUCCUCUUGUCUUCGAAUGUAUUUGAAGCAAUAAACACAUGUAUAUUUAUUUACACGAUAUCAGAAGAAGAAUUACUCACGUGUUUGACAUCAUCAUCAAAUCCGUUUCACUAAAUUGGUUAAACGGUAGACUAAUUUAAAAUUGAAUUGUGAACUUAACUAAAAGACUAUAUAUAAUCAGUUAUUUGACUCUAGUUCAUUAUAUGAUAAACAAAAGAAUCAUGUUUAAAAUCUAUUAUUUACAGCAUAAUACAUAUAUGACAUUAUUGUACAGUUUUCAAUAUGAACUUCAUUGCUGAAUUAACUACUCUUGAAAAUAGCUACAUAUAAAAGAAAUAUUGAGAAAAUUAUAUUUUUACUACAAUUUUGAAUAAAAAGUUGAACAAGAAAAUGGAAUAUACUGUAUGUAGUCUAUCUUUUACGGCUUAAAAUGAGACUAUGAUCAGGUCUAAGUUUACAACUUAAUGAUGCUAAGUAAUCUUUCAAAAUGCUGACGAAUAACCAAAGCAAACAAAUACUUUAAAUGUAUGAUACUACAAUUGUUUGUACCCAACUAGUAUUAUUGAAUGAUACUUUUCUGUAGAUGUAAGAUGUUCAGAGUAAUAAAACUUUC